AAGCUGCGAAAAAGGGAGCGGACCGUUUUGUGCCUGAUUUUUUUUUUAUCCUAGCUUCACAAGUUUUCUUUUCGACCCGAACUAGCAAUGUCUAAUGUUUCGAGACAAAAAUGUUUACCGAAAUGGGUUUAUUGCAGUUUUUGCAUUUUUAGCGUGUGACAACAUCAAAUAGUUUGUUAAACGGCUACGUUGCGUUAUUUAAGUGUUUUUUUUUUCGUAUUUUAGUCGUAUAGAACUACUUUAAUAUAGUUCUGGUUGGUGGUGUUUUGUCACUUUUUGCUGCUUGUCUCUACUAUGUACACACGUUUAGUUUUGUAACUGUAGUGUUGUGGCAAUGUAGUGGAGAUAACCUCAUUCUUGUUUCAGUCUCGGUGUUUUUCACGGCUCCGAAGCAGCUAUGUUGAUCAGAAAAAAGCUAAUAUCUUAGAUCGUCGACAUUAUGGGCACCGCAUCCUCUUUGGUCAGUCCAGGAGAGGUGAUCGAGGAUGGAUAUGGCGGUGAGGGAGGGGAAGCCUGUGAGAUACCCGUUGAAGUUAAGCCCAAAGCCCGACUCCUUCGCAGCUCCUUCCGCCGUGGACCUCGAGUCAUCGGGGCCAGUUUCAAAUCCACGGGCUCCGUGGACCUGGAGUAUGCUGCAGAGUACGAGAGACUUCGGAAGGAGUAUGAAAUCUUUCGCGUCAGCAAAAAUAACGAGAUCACGUCCAUGCAGAAGAAGGAGGCCAAAUUGGACGAGGAGAACAAGAGGUUAAGAGCCGAGCUGCAGGCUCUUCAGAAAACCUACCAGAAGAUUCUCAGAGAGAAAGAGGCUGCUCUUGAGACAAAGUACCAAGCUAUGGAGAGGGCUGCCACAUUUGAGCAUGACAGGGACAAAGUAAAACGGCAGUUUAAGAUUUUCCGAGAGACAAAAGAGAAAGAGAUACAAGAUUUGUUGCGUGCAAAAAGGGAUCUGGAGGCCAAAUUGCAACAGUUGCUGCCUCAGGGUAUCCACAUUUUUAACCUGAAUGACUCUGACUCAGAUGAUAAUCAAACCACUGUGACUGCUGUAGGAACUCAGUGUGAAUACUGGUCUGGUGGGGUGCUGGGAAGUGAACCUUCUAUGGGUAGCAUGAUGCAGCUUCAACAGACAUUCAGAGGACCGGAGUUUGCACACAGUUUAAUAGAUGUGGAAGGACCCUUUGCAAAUGUCAGCAGAGAUGACUGGGAUGCUGCAGUAGCCAGUCUACUUCAAGUGUCACCUCAUGUACCCCAGGCCUUGUGGAGUAACACUGUGCGCUGCUACCUAAUCUCCACACAAGAUACCAAAGCAGAGAUGGACAUUUUUGUCAAGAAACACUCUGCAGUGUUACGGAGAAUGUGCGAGGGUCUGGGCCAUUUCUACCUAAACGUUUACUUUCCAGAGGAGAAUGCUGCUUCAUACGCUGUGGUGCGGAGGCAGGAGAUUGAGCGGAGUUCAAUAUGUGUGCUUCUUCUCAAAUCCACCGUUACAAGCUCUGUGGUAGAAGAUUGUGAGGAGGCUUUUGUUAAAAACCCAGAUGGACAUCCACUGGUGCUGUACCUCAGGACUGAAGAGGACAGGGGUUUGAGCGGACCCAUUAGGCAGCUGUUGGAAAGGAUUAAUGCUGCAGACAAGGCUGCCAAAGUCAAGGUGGUGGAUCAAAGCAGCUCUGCAGAAGAAGGGGCUAGCUUGAUUUAUGCUCAGCUAGAGAAAGUCAUCAAACAGGAAUUGUUGGGUUUUGAAGGAGGAGAUGAUGACUCUAAGGAUGUUGCCAUAGAGGAGGGCCGUGAGGAAGACCUGGGAGAUGUGCUUUGGGAUCUGCAUGACGAACAGGAGCAGAUCGAGUCUUACCAACAGGCUUGCAGCAGCACCACCUCUCAAUUAGGUUUCCAAAAGUAUAUAGAUCGUUUAAACGACAUGAUAGCUGCCCCACCCCCCACCCCUCCUCUGCUGGUAUCUGGGGGUCCAGGCUCAGGAAAGUCUCUCUUGCUUUCCAAAUGGAUUGAGCUGCAGCAGAAGCAAUCCCCCAACACUUUGUUCCUUUAUCAUUUUGUCGGCCGCCCACUUUCCAUAAGCUCUGAGCCAGUUCUCAUUAUCAAACGCCUCACAGUGAAGUUGCUGCAGCACUUUUGGUCCAUUUCUGGUUUAUCCAUGGAUCCCAGUAAGAUUUUGGAAGAGUUUCCUCGCUGGCUGGAGAGACUAUCUGCACGGCACCAAGGAAACAUCAUCAUUAUCAUUGACUCAGUCGACCAAAUAAAGCAAGCAGAAAGACACAUGAAGUGGCUGAUCGACCCUCUUCCUGUAAAUGUCAGAGUGGUUGUGUCUGUCAAUGUAGAGACGUGUCCUCAGGCAUGGAGAUUGUGGCCCACACUUCACUUGGACCCACUUAGUGCCAGAGAAGUUAAGAGUGUAGUCAGUGCAGAGUGUCAAACCACGGAUUUCAGGCUCACCAAGGAUCAGGAGAAAAAGCUGGAAAGGCACUGCCGCUCUGCAUCGACAUGCAACGCAUUAUAUGUCACACUGUUGGCAAGGAUCAUCACCAGUUUUCAAUCUGGCUGGUCCUUGGAGAAGAGCUUGGAGCAGUGUCUGCAGUGUCAGGACACCUUGUCUCUGUACCGCCUGGCACUUAAAUUGAUGUUAAAGUUCCUCAACACAGACAGAGAGAGACACAUAAUGAAAGAGAUGCUGUGCCUUGUAUUUUCCAGCCACAACGGAGUAAGCGAGUCAGAGGCUUUAGAUCUUUUCCCAGAGCUGGAGUGGGCUGCUCUGUCUUCUCUGCUCUACCACCUGAACAGACUCUGCAUUGUGACCCUUCGCUGUGGACUCAUCAGGUUUCAGCACCUGCAGGCUUGUGAGGCUGUGAAGCUGGAGUUCCUAGGUGGAGGAAGUGGUUGUGCUUCUUACAGAGAGAAACUAAUCCAUUACUUCAACCAGCAGCUCAGCCAGGACUGCGUCACAUGGCGAGUUGCAGAUGAGCUUCCCUGGCUGUUCCAACAGCAGGAGGACAAAACCAAACUUCAGCUCAGUCUUUUGAACCUCUUUGUCUCCCAAAACCUUUACAAGAGGGGUCAUUUCUCUGAGUUGCUGGCUUAUUGGCAGUAUGUGGGCAAAGACAAAAGCUCCAUGGCAACUGAGUACUUUGACUCCCUAAAACGUUACGAGAAGAGCUGUGAAAGCGAGGACAGUAUGACAAAGCUUGCAAACCUUUACGAAACUUUAGGUCGGUUUCUCAAAGACCUGGGCCUGCCAAGUCAGGCUGUUGCUCCUUUGCAAAGGUCUCUUGAGAUCAGAGAGACAGCCCUGGACCCCGACCAUCCCAGUGUUGCACGCUCUCUGCACCAGCUGGCUGGAGUUUAUGUCCAGUGGAAGAAGUAUGGGAAUGCUGAACAGCUGUACAAGCAAGCACUUGAGAUAAGCGAGAAUGCCUACGGCACUGAGCAUGUUGCUGUUGCACAGGAGCUGGAGUCACUCGCCAUGCUCUACCAGAAGCAAAACAAGUAUGAACAAGCUGAGAAACUCAGGAAGAGGUCAGUAAGGAUUCGGCAAAAGACAGCGCGACAAAAAGGUCAGAUGUAUGGAUUCACUUUGUUGAGACGCAGAGCCCUCCAGCUGGAAGAGCUGACCCUGGGGAAAGACUCUGCAGACUGUGCCAAGACGCUCAAUGAGCUGGGUGUCCUCUACUACCUCCAAAACAACCUGGAUGCUGCCAAGGUGUUCCUGACUCGCUCUCUGGAGAUGCGCCAACGUGUGCUCGGUCCAGAUCACCCAGACUGCGCGCAGUCUCUCAACAACCUGGCCGCGCUGCACACAGAACGGAGGGAGUACGAAACGGCCGAGGACAUGUACGAGAGGGCGCUGGAGAUCCGCAGGAAGGCCCUGUCACCGGACCACCCCUCUCUGGCGUACACCGUCAAGCACCUUGCCAUGCUCUAUAAACGCAGAGGCAAGCUGGAGAAGGCUGUUCCACUCUAUGAGCUUUCUCUGGAAAUCAGGGAAAAAAGUUUUGGUCCCAAACACCCAAGUGUGGCCACAGCACUGGUGAACCUCGCCGUCCUCUACUGCCAACUGAAGAAGCACAAUGAAGCCUUGCCACUUUAUGAGCGAGCGCUGAAAGUCUAUGAAGAUAGUUUGGGCCGCUCACAUCCACGGGUCGGAGAAACCCUGAAGAACCUGGCUGUUCUAAGUUAUGAGGAAGGUGACUUUGAGAAGGCUGCAGAACUUUACAAGCGUGCGAUGGAGAUUAAAGAAGCAGAGCCGUCGUUGGUGUGUGGCAACGCUCCGUCACAUCAUUCCUCCAGCGGAGACACUUUCAGUCUGAAGACGCCUGCUCCUCAACCACAUGCUGCGAGCGCUGGCCAGUCUAACCCAACCUUCUUGAUUGAGACACCUUCAGCUAAUUAUGUUCUCAGGAAGAAGCCCCCCGGCGCGCUGCUGCCGGGGGCGCACAAGGUGGACAGAGAGUACCGGGUGCAGGCGGCUCUCUACUCUGCUGGUUUUCCCGUUCCUCAGCCGCUUUUGUUCUGCAAUGAUGCUGAAGUAAUGGGAACAGAGUUCUAUUUGAUGGAACAUGUAAAGGGCCGCAUUUUCAGGGAUUUUCAGCUCCCUGGAAUGAGCCCAGCUCAAAGAACGUCCAUAUAUACAGCUGCAAUGGAAAACCUGGCAAAGCUGCAUUCACUGGAUUUACCAUCACUAAAGCUUGAAGGGUUCGGGAGAGGCCCGGGAUACUGCAAGAGACAAGUGUCUACAUGGACGAAGCAGUACACUGCAUCCGCCCAUAGAGACAUUCCUGCUAUGAAUGAGCUCUGUGACUGGUUGAUGAGAAACGUACCAGAUAAAGAUGAUGAGGUCACACUCGUCCAUGGAGACUACCGACUUGACAACUUGAUAUUCCACCCAACUGAGACUAAGGUGAUGGCUUUGUUAGACUGGGAGCUGUCCACUACUGGGAACCCUAUAGCUGACCUGGCCUUUUUUAUCGUGCCUCUCUACUGCCCCACUGAUCUGAACAUUAAACGCUUUAUAUUCAACUACGAAGAAGUAGAAGGUAUCCCAUCGGCUAGUGACCUGAUCUCCAUUUACUGCCGGUGUCGGGGAAUCCCAUCUUCUUCCUUGCCUACGCUGAACUUCUACUUGGCUCUGUCUCUGUUUAAAGCGGCUGCAAUUUCUCAGGGGGUCUAUGCUCGUUACCUGCUGGGUAACGCCAGCGCACCCGAUGCAGUUCAAUUCGGCCAGCAUGUCGAGCCUUUGGCUAAAGUCGCAUUGCAGUUAGCCAAAAGUCCACUUGCAGGUCCAACAAAAGACAGGCUGUUCCCUCAGACUGCCAGAGGCCAGGCUGUUCUCCAGCAGGUUAAAGACUUCAUGCAGCAGUAUGUGCUUCCUGCUCAGCAGGAAGUUGCAGAAUACUACACAAAACAUUCCCAGUCUCCUCUGAGGUGGCAAGCUCCAAAAAUAAUAGAGGAUCUAAAGGAGAAAGCCAAGCAGGCCGGGCUGUGGAACCUGUUCCUGCCGGCGGUCAGUGGACUCACUCAGUUGGAUUAUGCCUACAUUGCAGAAGAAACGGGCCGCUGCCUCUUCGCUCCCGAAGUGUUCAACUGCCAAGCUCCCGACACAGGAAACAUGGAGGUGCUCCAUAUGUUUGGCACCGAGGAGCAGAAGAAGAAAUGGCUGGAGCCUCUACUGAGCGGAGAAAUCCGCUCCUGCUUCUGUAUGACAGAGCCUGACGUUGCUUCCAGCGACGCAGCAAACAUGGAGUGCAGACUUCACAGAGACAAAAACACCUACAUCAUAAACGGCAAAAAGUGGUGGAGCAGUGGUGCGGGCAGUGCCAGAUGUAAAGUGGCCAUUGUUAUGUGCAGGAGCAGCUCUGAGCUGGGCCAGAGCAGGCAUGGCCAGCACAGCAUGAUCCUCGUACCUAUGAACACGCCGGGCGUAAAGCUCAUCCGACCACUCACUGUGUUCGGACAUGACGAUGCCAUCCAUGGUGGCCACUUUGAGGUCCACUUUGAGAACGUGCAGGUUCCAGCUUCCAACAUGAUCCUGGGCGAAGGCCGAGGGUUUGAGAUCGCUCAGAGGCGUCUGGGUCCAGGCAGGCUUCACCACUGCAUGAGAGCUGUUGGCUGCGCCGAGCUGGCGCUGGAGCUGCUGUGUCAGCGGGCCGCUUCCAGGCGAACGUUUGGGAAAAACCUUUACCAGCAUGAAGUCAUCGCUCACUGGAUUGCAGAGUGCCGCCUGAUGAUCGAGCAGACCCGCCUACUGACUCUCUCUGCUGCUCAUGCCUUGGAUACUCUGGGCAGCAGGGCCGCUCGCAAACAGAUUGCCAUGAUCAAGGUGGCAGCAGCCAGGAUGGUGUGUAAAGUGGUGGACUAUGCCAUCCAGGUUCAUGGAGGUGCAGGGGUUUCGGGGGACUUCCCUCUUGCACAGAUGUACUCUAACGUACGAACUCUGCGAAUCGCUGAUGGACCUGAUGAGGUUCACCUUUCUUCUAUUGCAGUACUGGAACUAAGGGAUCAGCUAAAGCAGGCGCGGGCCAGGCUGUAAAAUUGAAUCAAUAACGCUUCAAACUAAACAGUCCAUUAACUUAAUAUUUCUAAAAAUGCAGGAAAAAAUUGGUGCUCUGCAAACCCGCAUCCAGGUUUAGCACUAUGUUGGGGAUAAAUGAAUACUUACUUACCUGUGGAGUUUGUGUGAUUAAAUAAAUUGCAGCCUCUGAGGCAGCUUUUAAGUGAUUGGGUGAGAAAGUAAUGCAGUAUUUUUGUAUUCAGAUCUUACAAGGUGGGUGAAAAUGAAAUAAAUUGCAACUAAAUUAA